AUGGAGCCUGGACCCCCAGUCCCUGCGUACAUACUGCGUGGUCACGAAGCCGCGAUCCAUGCCCUUCACUUCUACGCCAACAACGCACUUCUUGCGUCCGCAGACAGCGAUGGCUGGAUGGUUAUAUGGAGUCUCUCGUCCAAACGACCUGUGGCGGUGUGGAAGGCGCACGAGGCAGGAGUCCUACAAAUCAAACAUUGGACGACGGCCAGACUUGUCAGGGACCAUAAACUCCGCGUCUGGCAACUUCGACACGAAGACCUUGUCGGUCUACGUACGAAGUUGCCAGCCGACUCGGAUAGCUCAACAGCAGCAGCAGCAUCAGACCAUCCGCAUCCGUGGCUACUCCAUUCCAUGUCGGUCAAUGCCCUCAAUUUCUGCGCCUUCUCCAUGUGCGAUCAGGAUCCACGGCGACCUGCAAGCGGAGCAGUUGCCGCUCAACUCAUUGCCUCGCCGAACGGCCUCGACUCAGGGGGCAUUGACAUCUUCCAACUUCCAUCAGAGAGACGGAUAUCGCAGAUCAGGUCAGACAAGAACAACCCCACGGGAAUGGUGAUGGCCGUCUGUCUCUUCCACCAGACAACCGAGACAGCAUCACAACUCGUCCUUGUCGCGGGCUAUGAGGACGGACGAAUUACGGUGCUCACUCACGCAGGAGAUCUCAGUAACCCAGACGGAUCCGGUCGGUGGCAGAAAGUCGCCAGCUGCAAAGCACACACGCAACCCAUCCUGUCACUCGCCAUGCUGCCCUGCAAGACGCAUUUCCUCUCGUCCAGCGCCGAUUCUCUAAUCUCCAAAUUCUGCAUCCCUUCCCUCGUCGACGCUGACGACGGGUCAAAAGAUCUGAAAAGCGAAAAGUCCCUCAACACGAAGCAUUCCGGCCAGCAGGGCCUCAGCGUCCGGUCCGACGGCAAGAUCUUCGCCACUGCGGGCUGGGACGGGCGCGUGCGCGUGUAUUCGUGCAAGACGAUGAAAGAAUUGGCAGUGUUGAAGUGGCACAAAGUGGGUUGCUAUUCCACGGCUUUCGCAUCCAUUGAUCCUACCGUGGCUCCUGAUGCGGGUGUUGUGGACGGUGUUCCUCCUUCGUCAGCUAGUCUUGAUGGGAAUGCAGCCCUAUCGAGCAUUUCUACGACAAAGGAUAUCUCACAGCCCAUGAGUGCUCUUGACAUGAUAAAGCAACAACGGGAAGAAAACGCCCGACGCACACAUUGGCUAGGCGCUGGCGGCAAAGAUGGCAAAAUCUCAUUGUGGGAUAUCUACUGA